GGGAAUCCAUCCAGAAUGCAAGAUAUUCCAGCAGGUGGUCAAAGAAGAGGCUCUCUGCUUAGAAAGGAAUGAAACUGUUUCACCUGAUAUUAAAGGAUGUGCCCGAGAUUGGGAUGGUCUAACCUGCUGGCCCAGAGCCACUUUUGGGGAAGUGGUUAAAGUUCCUUGUCCAAGAUUUUUUGAAGAAAUCACCAAUAUCCAUGGCUUCCUUCAGAGAAACUGUACACAGGAGGCAUAUUGGUCAGAACCAUUUCCACCAUACACUGUUGCCUGUGGAUUUGAUGAAGGUUCCAGUAAAGGGCCUGAGGAUCAGAAAUCAUAUUAUUCUGCAUUUUGGCGUGUCUACACUGCUGGCUAUGCAGCAUCAGUGACUUCACUCAUUACAGCUCUAAUUGUCUUUGCUGCCUUCAGAAAAUUCCACUGUACACGGAAUUACAUCCAUAUGCACCUGUUUGUCUCCUUUAUCCUGAGAGCAAUUGCUGUUUUCACCAAAGAUGCUGUUUUGUUUGCAGAUGAAACUAUGGACCACUGCCUAAUGUCAACGGUUUCUUGUAAGGCUGUUGUGGUAUUCUUCCAGUUCAGUAUUUUGGCCAAUUUCUUCUGGCUUCUUAUAGAAGGGAUAUACCUGCAAACACUGCUUUUGCUGACCUUUGUUUCGGACAAGCAGUAUGUAUGGUGGUUCAUAUUUACUGGCUGGGGAGCUCCCACUGCUGUGAUGAUUGCUUGGGUCCUCACAAGAAUCCAUCGACAAAAUACUGGAUGUUGGGAUGACGAUGAAAAUGGAGUGGUGUUAUGGAUCAUCAAAGGCCCCAUUCUGCUAACUGUCUUAGUUAACUUUAUUAUAUUUAUUAAUGUGAUCAGAAUUCUAGUCCAUAAAUUGAAAUCUCAAGAGGGAGGAGGGAGCCAUUCGAGCCACUUUGUGAGACUUGCUAAAUCCACGUUACUCCUGAUCCCCCUCUUUGGAGUGCACUACAUUGUAUUUGCAUUUUUCCCAGAAAGCACUGGUCUGGAAGCUCGCCUCUAUAUUGAGCUGGGCUUGGGUUCUUUUCAGGGUUUUGUUGUCGCUCUUCUAUAUUGCUUCUCAAAUGCAGAGGUUCAAAGUGAACUGAAGAAACAACUGUGCAAAUGGCAGUAUCAAGAAUACCUGAACUUCACACACAAACACAAGACUUUGUCCAGAGAAAACAGUCCAGUCAACUAUGUCACUCAGUUAUCACUGCUUGAAAAAAUCAGCCCGAAAAGGAAAAAAUCGGUGUACCAGAAUGGUGUAACUUCUGUUUGAGCUUUUCUAGCAGGAUGAGCCGCUGUGGUGUUGCAACAUACUACCUAAGAGAUGGCCAGCUUGGAUUCUUUAUGGCUUUC